GUUUCCACUUUGUUCCUUGCUUUCACGCUUGUUUCAGCAUUAAAAGACUGCUCUCUAGAUCGGUUCCCCAAUUCAAUCUCAACGAGCCAUUUUCUCUGUUUCAGCCGCUUCAGGAAUGGCCGGAGCUAGAACUAUGCGUGCAAUCCUUAUGAUCGCAGCAAUGGCGUCGGUGCUGACGGCCGGCGCGGAGGCCCAGUCGUCUUCCUGCUCGUCGGUCAUCGCUAGCUUGUCGCCGUGCCUGGACUACAUCACCGGCAACGCCUCCGCCCCUUCGAGAUCCUGCUGCUCGCAGCUCGCCUCCGUGGCGCAAUCGGAGCCGCGGUGCAUCUGUACCAUCAUCAGCAGCGGCGCGUCCGCGGCCCCCUCCCUCGGGAUCAACCAGACUCUGGCGAUGGCCCUCCCCGGCGCUUGCAACGUCCAGCUUCCCCUCAGCCAGUGCGACUCUAGCGGCCCGACGGCUUCUCCGGCGAGACCAUUGACGCCCCCAUCAGGCGUAGGAACAAGGACCCAGGACUCGGACUCCUCGAGCGGGAACUCUGUUCAAGUGCUCACGCUGCUGCCUCUCGUGGUCGCUCUGUUGGCGUCGUCGGUGUUUACCUGAUAUUACUGCACCAGAUGUUGUAUUGUUCUUGGGGUUCGAGAAGAUUGGAUUCUCAUCUCUUCUCAUUGUUCUCUUUGUAAUGCUUGAAACUUUAUCAGUAUUCAUUUUUAUCAUGUAUUUUAUUUCA